UAUUAGAAAAGACAAAAAAUUUGUUUACGAAUUUUGCGUUUAAAAAAAUUCACCUUAAAUUCCUUUAAAAAUGGAUUCAACCGAGGAAGCUCCCCCAUUUGAGAUUGAAGAGGUGCAAGUCAAAAACGAGCCCAUGGAUUUCGAGCCAGAGGAUGAUGAAGAAUUUGAGGAGGCGUACAACGCGACCCUCGAAAAUCACGACGAAGAUGGCGAACAAGACAAAAUUGACCCCUUUAACUUUCUCAAGAUGCAUUUUUCGACGAGUACUGAAGAGCAACCGUCCCUCACGUACACCGGGAAGCCCCGAAAACACACUUGCCACAUUUGUUUCCAGGAGUAUGUCGAUCUGAAGAGCAUUCGGCGUCACUUGCUGCGAAUUCACAACAUAAAUCCCCCGCAAGGCACCGUUCUGUACGAAUGUCCGGAAUGCCCGCAAAAGUUUUCCGAUAAAUCUCACUUGAAUCGUCACGCUUUGACACAUUCCGGGAUCAAGCCGCACGUUUGUCCGAAAUGUAAUAAGGGAUUUGGUCGCAAGGAGCAUCUCACGCGACAUUUAACGAACGUUCGAUGUGACGAAGUCAAGGAACCUAACGCGAAAAAAGAUGAAACUACCGUCGAAAAGCCCUUCAGUUGUCCCAAAUGCAACAAAGGCUUUGGCAGAAAAGACGCCCUUACGCGUCAUUUGUCCAAAAUUCAGUGUCAAGAGCCCGAGCCCAAAGAACAAAUCGAUGCAACGGAACUUUUGACCAUCAUCAAGGUCGAAAAUGUCGCCACAGAGUUUCCAAAGUGCAAAAUUUGUGAUAAAAAAUUUGUGCAUCAGACACAUUUGCGCGUUCACAUGAAGACGCAUGACGUGCAACCGCUGAAAUUCGAAUGUCCCAUUUGCGGAAAAAAUCUGUCGCGUAAAAGUCACUUGAGUCAUCACAUUCGACGCAUUCACUCGGUCAAAAUGGAAGAAGAAUCCGAUAAAGUCCCGUUGGCGGAAGAAGUCUCAUGUCACUUGUGUCCGAAAAAAUUCUCUGAGCAACUUGCGUACGAUCGUCACAUUGCCAUGCAUUCCAAUGACCAAAUCAAGAAGGAAAUUUGCGACAUUUGUAAUCAUGUCUUUCUCUCAAAGUGGCACGUGCGGAAGCACAAGUUGCACAAACACAAUAUCGAGCCGGAAAAUGGAUGUUUGGCUUGCAUUUACUGUCGAAAGAAAUUUAUUGACAAUUAUUAUUUGAAGAGACAUUAUGCGACAAAGCACAAGAACGAGACAAUGCACGAGGAAGGAAAUUCGUUUGAUGUUAUUACAAAAAACGAAAAUACGAUCGUUGUGAAGAAGGAACCUCAAAUGGUAGAAGAGUACCUCGAAGAUGAAGAAGUAUUAUAAGAAGUUUUAAGAAGAUUUAAUAAAUAAAAUUGUGAAAAAAUAAUUUAAUUUAA